UUUAAUCUGUUUAUCAUGCCGAUGAAACGCAGCAGUGAGAGUUCAGCCAGAGGCGACAUGUUUCUUAUUCACUCUUUUACAAAAACUUUGGAAAACUCAACAGAAAUAAACUCUGAUUUUAAUGGACAAACAACUUUUCAUCAAGAAGACGAUUCUGGGAUUAAAUCAGAGGACAGCAAUGAGACGCCUUCGUCUGAAGACGAGCAUGACCUGUUGGACUUGAACUCUGACCUGACCAUGAAACAGAGCAUCAGUUCAUCCAGGAAGACAAUCAGUCAGAUCAUCAAGGACAAGAAGAAACAGACGCAGCUAACGCUACAGUGGCUUGAGGAGAACUACAUCGUGUGUGAAGGAGUGUGUCUGCCUCGUUGCAUCCUUUAUGCUCAUUAUCUGGACUUCUGCAGGAAAGAGAAACUAGAACCCGCAUGUGCUGCUACAUUUGGAAAGACAAUCCGACAAAAGUUUCCUCUUCUGACAACAAGACGACUCGGCACCAGAGGACACUCCAAAUAUCAUUACUAUGGAAUUGGGAUCAAAGAGAGCAGCGCAUAUUAUCACUCUGUGUAUUCAGGUAAAGGUUUGACCAGAUUUUCAGGAAGUAAGCUCAAGAAUGAGGGUGGCUUCACCAGGAAAUACUCUCUGAGCUCUAAAACCGGAACGCUGCUUCCGGACUUCCCCAACGCCCAGCAUCUCGUGCUGCAGGGAAAUAUUUCCAGAGAAAAGGUUGACACUCUGAUCAUGAUGUAUAAAACUCACUGCCAGUGCAUCCUGGAUAACGCCAUCAAUAUCAACUUUGAAGAGAUCCAGAAUUUCCUGCUCCACUUCUGGCAGGGAAUGCCCGACCAUCUGCUGCCGCUGCUGGAAAACCCGAUUAUAGUCGACAUCUUCUGUGUCUGUGACUCCAUCCUCUACAAGGUGCUAACUGACGUUUUAAUUCCGGCCACCAUGCAGGAAAUGCCUGAGAGUUUAUUGGCAGACAUAAGAAACUUUGCCAAACACUGGGAACACUGGUUGGCCUCGUCUCUGGAAAACCUCCCAGAAUGCCUUGCAGCGAAGAAGCUCCCCAUCGCACGGCGCUUCGUCUCCUCCCUGAAGAGGCAGACAUCUUUCCUGCAUCUGGCGCAGAUUGCCCGGCCGGCUCUUUUCGACCAAACUGUGGUGACCGGCAUGGUUCUGGACAUCGACUGCGUGGACCUCAGCAGCAUCAACUCACAGCCGCUGCUCAGCACGUCGGCAGCCGGAGACCAGGACUCGGAUAUUUACUCUGAGUACGACUCCAUCAGUGUUUUUCAGGAACUGAAGGAGCUGCUGAGGAAAAAUGCCACAGUUGAGUCGUUCAUAGAGUGGCUGGACUCGGUGGUGGAGCACAAAGUCAUCAAGCCUGGCAAGCAGUGCGGUCGAUCCGUGAAGAAGCGAGCUCAGGACUUCCUCCUGCGGUGGAGCUUCUUUGGUGCCCGGAUCAUGCACAACCUCACGCUCAACAACGCCUCCAGCUUCGGUUCCUUCCACCUGAUCCGGAUGCUGUUAGACGAGUACAUCCUGUUGGCGCUGGAGACGCAGUUCAACAACGACAAGGAGCAGGACUUGCAGAACCUUCUGGAAAAAUACAUGAAAAAUGCAGAUGCCAGUAAAGCUGCGUUCAUGGCAUCGCCCAGUUCCUGUUUUCUGGCGAACCGCAACAAGACCCCCGCCUCCGUCGACCAAUCAGUGAAGAACGAAUCCUUGGGAGGACACGCCUACAUGCCUCUGUCGACCAAUCAGCAGCUGGAUCUGGAAGCUAAAGCCGUCCUCUAUCAGGGGAACGAUGGUUCCGGCUUCACGUCUUCAGGCGGUCAGAUGGACUUCUCUCAGGUCAGCGGACCCCUCAUGACUCCGCCCAUCUCCCCGGCCGCGCUGGUCCACCGGGGCUCCGUCAUCAACCAGGGGCCCAUGGCGGGGAGGCCCCUGACGCCCUCUUCCUCGUCCUGCUCCUUCUCCUCAUCCUCCUGCCUCUCCUCUCUCAGUGAAAUCACGCAGCCCAGCCCCUGCUCCUCGUACCCGGAGACCCUGUACCACUGUUUGCCGCAGACCGGCGGGUUUUUUCCCGCCGCCGGCAGCGGGCCCACGGCUCAGAACUACCAAACUGCUCCCAGGUCUCAGGUCCAGAAUCCCUGCCUGACAGCAAUUCAGACCCAUAAUCCUCCUCUGGGGUGCCAUCUGGCCCGGUACCCGUCCCUGGCCGAUCCGGCCCUGAGCAAGGACGGUUUCUACCCUCCGUCGGUCCACCACUCCUCUGGCAGCGGCGACUGCUCCCUGACGGUGUACGGCGCCGCUGUUCGCCCGCCCUCAAGAUACACGCCGGGUCCUGAACCGGUCCAGACAGAACCGGGUUUGGAUCAGCAGGCGGCGGCUCAGAUUCUGGACGCUGCAGAUGGUUUUGGCUUCAUGGGUGCCGGACUGAACCUCGCUGGCGGCGGCUGUCAGGGGUCGGCGUACGGCGUUCUGGGUCAUGGCGGUGAGGAUUCUUCGAGUCCGGUUCUGUUUGAACAGAGAAUAUUUUAA